AUGAGUCUGGUGGCCUGCGAGUGCCCCCCGGGCCCUGGCCUGGAGCCUGAGCCUUGCUCCCGAGCACGGUCCCAGGCCCGCGUGUACCUGGAGCAGAUUCGCAACCUGGUGGCUCCCGGGGCCCCUGACGUGACCAAACGCGACUACCUGGUGGAUGCAGCCACGCAGAUCCGGCUGGCCCUGGAGCGCGAUGUCAGUGAGGACUACGAGGCAGCCUUCAACCACUACCAGAACGGCGUGGACGUGCUGCUGCGGGGUGUGCACGUCGACCCCAACAAGGAGCGAUGCGAGGCUGUGAAGCUGAAAAUUACCAAGUACCUGCGGCGGGCCGAGGAGAUCUUCACCUGCCACCUGCAGAAGACCCUGGGCGGUGGGGCCGGCCCCGGCACGGGUUUCAGCAGCCUGAGGCUCCGGCCCAUCCGCACACUGAGCUCUGCCCUGGAGCAGCUGAGGGGCUGCAAGGUGGUUGGGGUCAUCGAGAAGGUGCAGCUAGUCCAGGACCCAGCGACCGGAGGGACCUUCGUGGUAAAGAGCCUGUCCAGGUGUCACGUGGCGAACCGGGAGCGGCUGACCAUCAUCCCGCAUGGCGUCCCCUACAUGACAAAGCUGCUUCGCUACUUUGUGAGCGAGGAUUCCAUCUUCCUGCAGCUGGAGCAUGUGCAAGGGGGCACGCUCUGGUCCCACCUGCUCUCCCAGGAGCAGCCCCAACAGUCUGGGGGCAGGUCUGGCUCCAGCCCAGAGAGGAUGAAGGCUCCACUCAACUCACCCCUCAGCCUCCAGACCCCAGCACCACUCCCCCUGGGACCCACCUGCCUGCCGGACAGAAUCCUUCGGGAGCUCCCACAGACUUCUCAGAGCCUUCCCCCAGCCAGGGAGGCCCCACCCAUCACUCCCCAGAGAGAGGCUGAAGGUGACCCCUCCGCCAGGACCCAUGCUUCCUGCCCCUCGGACCUUCUGAAGGCCCCGGGUGGCCGCCUGCCCCUCCAAGCCAGGCGGCGACCUGGCCAGAGCUUGGACGUGAGGCCCUCUUGGGGGCUCCCUUGGGUUCAUCAGGGGGCUGUCCGGGUGCUGGGGGCCUGUGGCCAAGGCAGAAGUCCGAGCCGCCCCUUAGCAGAUAGGGCCCGACCGGGGUCUGGCCGUGGCGCCUGGAGGGUGAAGGAAGAGCAGGUGAAGCAGUGGGCGGCUGAGACCCUGCUGGCCCUGGAGGCGCUGCACCAGCAGGGGGUGCUGUGCCGAGACCUCAAUCCCCGGAACCUGCUCUUGGACCAGGCAGGUCACAUCCGGCUCACGUAUUUCGGCCAGUGGGCAGAGGUGGAGCCCCACUACUGCAGGGAGGCCUUGGACAAUCUCUACAGUGCCCCAGAGGUGGGUGGGAUUUCUGAGCUGACGGAAGCCUGUGACUGGUGGAGCUUUGGGUCUCUGCUGUAUGAAAUGCUGACUGGAAUCGCACUGUCGCAGAGCCACCCCUCAGGAAUCCAGCCCCACACCCGGCUCCAGCUGCCCGAGUGGCUCAGUCGCCCAGCGGCCUCCCUGCUGACUGAGCUGCUGCAGUUUGAUCCUGCCCGGCGCCUGGGUGCUGGAGGCGGCGGUGUCAACAAGCUCAAGGCCCACCCCUUUUUCAGUACUACCCAGUGGAGCAAACUGGUGGGGUAAGAGGGGGCAGAGUGGGUCAUGGAAGCUGCUGG